AUGGAUUCUGUUAAAAGUAAAAUUGUUCAAUCUUUAAUCCCAGGGUUAUCCUCAAAUCCUACAUUAGUUGCUGUAUUAGAUUCAAUUGUUCCCCAUAUUAGUUUGAGUACAAUUAUCAAACUUCUUCCAAUCAUCAAACCAUUCCUCGGAGAAGAAGACUCUAAUACUGCUCAGCCAUUACUUGAAGCUCUACUCCAAAACGAUAGUAAGAAAUCCCACCAGGUGGAAAGUCACGAAGCAGAAGCUUCACAAGAUCACAAGAGUGAAGUUAGUAAACUAUAUGACUACCUUUUCAAAAAAGAAGAAAACAAUAAAAAAGAAGAGAAACCUUUGGAAGAUUAUACUCCAGAAGAGAUUGUAGAAACACUUAAGAGCAAGAACAAUGGAAAUUCAGAUAAGUUCAAUGAUUUUGUUUCCGACCAUCAAGAUGAUAUAAAGAUGCUUUUCAAAUCUCUUAUAAAUCACGGGGAAAAUGUGAAACGUAGUCAAGGUUCUGAUAAGCAAGUCAAUUUAUCCAGUUUUGCAUCUCAACACGGUGACGAUAUAUUAACCUUAUAUUCAUCCUUUCUUCAUUUUGGUGAGCACAGUGACGAAUCCGACGGUGAAAGCCCCAAACAACAAACACCAAUUAAGACCCCUUCUGAUUCCGUUGAUCAAAUUGACUCCAAAUUAAAAGAAACUAAGAUUAAUAACUAA